UACCUUUGCCGGCAGAGGCUUAGCUAAAUGAUUCAUUCGUUUUUGGUGGUGGUCGAAAUCGGCCGCAACACGUUCUCUGCUUCCUCGAACUCGUUGAAAUUUCGAUAGUCAGAAUAUUAGUCUGAUUACUCUGUUGUUAUAGCUAAAUUAUCGAAGGAGUGCGGGACGUUCCACGGCCGUAGAACACCAUCACGACGACUUUGAGAGAAAGAUGCCCAGUUUUCCUCAAUUAGGGCUCGGUAGCGAUCCAUCAGUCGAUUUGGGAUUUGGUCUCAACCUUAGUCGCUUGUGUGGGACGAAUUCGAACGGCAAUCAACAAGUCCAAUCUGUACAAUCUAGCAACGGAACAAAUAGUAGUGGCACUAUGGGUGAAGCCACCAACUUGGAAAUUAUGCAGCGAAUUAACGCCAUGUUGGAGAAUAGCCUAGACCUCAGCAACCUCACGGGAGAGGUUGCAUCCAAACGCAACUAUUCUGACUCCCUAUCGAUGUCGGAUUUAUUUUCUGGAUUUGCAUCCAACGGAAACAAUGGAAAUCAGAUUGUGCCCCAGCAAGACGACGUUUUGGCCAAUCUGUUGCAGCAACAUCAGCUGAACCAAGCUUUGAAGCAACACCAACUGGAGCAACAAAAUCAAAUGAAAUCUUUCAGCCCGUCAUCGCUGUUUCUUAACAAGAAUGAAGGCCAAUCAAUGAAUAAGUUAAUCCCAAAUUCCUCCAACAACAAUCAGCCAUCGCAACGAUCUAUGUCGUUAAGCCAACAUAGACAGUCGAUGGCUAGCUCGGGAUUGGGAGACUCACCUACGUCUUCGGCCUCAUCACCCGUUGCUAAUGGCCAACCACGUACGACUCGUUCACAAUCGACUGGUGGAUUUAGCAGCUCUAUGCAACCUGGAAUUCACUCAACGCCCACGUCAUGUUGCCGUCCUAUUCGUGGGACUUCUCUAUUUAGGGACUCGAGCAGCCCAACUUUGGAACAGGUUUUGUUGAUGGGUUGCCAACGUGGGCACGAUGGCCAAGGUACUUCGCCUGCCGAAUCGGAUCUUUCCAUGCUUAGUUCGUCAGGCAUUUCAAGUGUUGAAUCUUCACUUACUGAGUUAAUGCAAAGCCUCAACAUGUCCGGAAGUAGUAACUCGGGCGUAUCACCACCGAGUGUCAACCCGUUUUCCAACCAAGGAUUGCAGCAACAACUUAGCUAUCAGCAACAGCAGGCAUUGCAGAAUAGCAAACUACAGGCGGCUUUGCAACAGAACGGGUUGGCCCAACUUGGCAGCCUAACUGGAAAUGAUAUGAGCCCGCAAAGUUUGCAAACACUGCAAACAAAUCUCCAGAACCUUCAGGAACUGGCCAAUCUUCAAAAUCUUCAAGCCUGGCAAAAUCUCCGCAAUCUUCAAAGCCUUCAGGCUAUAGCCGGGAAUGCAAAUGGGCUGUCUUCUUUGCUGGGUGGAACUCCUGGCAGUGGGGUGGAUCGCAAUGCUUUAAAUGCAGUAGAGUCAGCCUUGCAGUCGUCUUGGUCACCCUCAAUGAGUGCUGCUGCUCUAGGUUUGGGUACGGGAUCGUUUAAUACCCCUGGUCAGACGGAUGGUAACAGUAACCUGGAACGGGCUGCUCGUAUGUACCGGAAUGCUGCAUCCCUUUGCGAGCCUACCUGUACUUGGAGUGGUCAUCUUCCACCCCGCACUUACAAGAACGCAACUUAUUCGUGCAAGGUGUUUUUGGGUGGCGUUCCAUGGGACAUCACUGAAGUAUCGCUCACCAACGCUUUCAAGCAAUUCGGUUCGAUCAAGGUGGAAUGGCCCGGCAAGGACAACGUGGCCAAUCCCCCGAAGGGCUACGUCUACAUCAUUUUUGACAACGAGAAGCAUGUCAAGUCUCUACUCCAAGCUUGCACGCACGACUACAGCAAUGGUGGUAGCUGGUACUACAAGAUCUCUUCUCGUCGCAUGCGUUCGAAGGAGGUGCAGGUUAUUCCCUGGAUGCUUAGCGACAGCAACUACGUCCGUUCGCCGACUCAGCGUUUGGACCCUCAAAAAACCGUUUUCGUCGGCGCAUUGCAUGGAAUGCUUAACGCUGAAGGAUUGGCGCACAUUAUGAACGACCUUUUUGGCGGUGUCCUGUAUGCUGGAAUUGACACGGACAAAUUCAAAUAUCCGAUCGGUUCAGGUCGUGUGACAUUCAACAACAAUCGCUCUUACAUGAAGGCCGUGGCUGCUGCGUUCAUCGAGAUCAAGACUCCCAAGUUCACCAAAAAGGUUCAAGUUGAUCCGUAUUUGGAGGACUCGCUUUGCGCCACUUGCGGCGUCCAGCAAGGCCCGUACUUCUGUCGCGAUCUUGCUUGUUUCAAGUAUUUCUGUCGCUCGUGCUGGCAAUGGCAACACAAUUCGGAUCUGGUGAAGCACCACCGCCCAUUGAUGCGUCAUUACAAAGGUGCUGGAAACGUCAACGGGUCAAAUGGAUCGCCAGUAAAUAACGCCUCUUCCCCUAUUGCUCAUCAAAACCAACAAACUCCUGAUCUUCCUCAACCGGACAGUAUCUAAGUAUUCCAUUUUUCUUUGCCUCUGACAGUAUUGGCAGACCAUCGAACAAUUUAAUCUCUUACUGAGAACUCAGCCUUGAUUUUUUUUAAGCAAGCCAUUCUUUGAUGAAUUUUCACGGAAGUUUAAAGCUUUUUUGUUAGCUCUUGAAGAUCUUAAUGAUUUAAGUAUUUUUCUUGAAUUAGUGUAUCUUUAAUGAAUUUUCUGCUCCAUUCUUAAUUGAAACGAUCUCGUCGAGGGGAUUUGUAUUUGCAGCCUUUUUUUUUUUUUUUUUUUCUUAAUAAUCUUAUGUGUAGGCGGCUAUAUUCAAAACCAUGAUUUCAAAUUAUUCAUAGUAUUAUCUCGAGUAUAUUUUUUUUUCUUAAAUGGAAACAUUUUCCUGAAACAAAUGGUAAAAUGUUCUCUGCAACCAGCCUUUACGUUUUUAAACGCUUAGAUUCUCAUGCCGCCUUUCACGAUAUUUUCCCGGCCGCCUAAUUUUUCUUAAUUUUUUUUCUUUUUUUUUUUUUGAAUCUUUAUAGUUCUUAAAAAAAAAUUAGUUGCUUGCAAACAAAGGGCACAUUUUACAGAUCGUGGCAUUCUCCGCUACAUCUUUUUCAGAUUCUCCCAUGGUAAUUUCUUAGUUAUUCUUCACAGAAUCAUCUACCUCGGGCUCAUUUAGUAUCUUAAAAAUAUUUGUAAAUUUUCUCCGAUAUUGAUCAGAUCUUUUUCUAUAUUUCUGGAUAUACAUUUUUCUGUUUUCUCUUCUAUUGAGUAUUGAU